AUGUUUGCUCCCUGCGAGUGCGUGAGGCGAGGGGGCAGAAGGACCAUGAAAAUGAUCCGGUUCCGGAGCUCGAGCAUCAGGUCGCUGAGCCAGGAUAUGAAAUGCACAAUCCGUCUUUUGGACGACUCGGAGAUCUCCUGCCACAUCCAGAGAGAGACCAAAGGCCAGUUUCUCAUAGAUCAUGUUUGCAAUCACUACUGUUUGCUAGAAAAAGACUAUUUUGGCAUUCGCUAUGUGGAUUCUGAAAAGCAGAGGCAUUGGCUUGAGCCCAACAAAUCUAUCUUCAAGCAAAUGAAAUCUCAUCCACCAUAUACCAUGUGCUUUAGAGUGAAAUUCUACCCGCAUGAACCCCUGAAGAUUAAGGAAGAACUCACCAGGUACCUGUUAUACCUACAAAUCAAAAGAGAUAUUUUCCAUGGCCGUUUGCUGUGUGGGUUUUCUGAUGCAGCUUACCUGGGAGCAUGCAUUAUCCAAGCUGAACUAGGUGACUAUGAUUCUGAUGAACAUGUGGAUAAUUACAUCAGUGAAUUUAAGAUCUUCCCUAAACAAUCUCAAAAGCUGGAAAGAAAAAUUGGUGAAAUACAUAAAAAUGAAUUCAGGGGUCAGAGUCCAGCUGUUGCUGAAUUUAAUUUAUUAUUAAGAGCACAUUCUUUAGAAACUUAUGGUGUUGAUCCUCAUCCUUGCAAGGAUUCAACUGGGACUACAACAUUUUUAGGAUUCACAGCCACAGGUUUUGUGGUUUUCCAGGGAAAUAAAAGGAUACAUUUGCUAAAAUGGUAUGAUGUCUGUAAACUAAAGUUUGAAGGGAAGACAUUUUAUGUGAUUGCAGUUCAGAAGGAGAAAAAGGCUAUGUUAUCAUUCCAUACUUCUACACCAGCAGCUUGCAAGCAUCUCUGGAAAUGUGGUGUGGAGAAUCAGGCUUUUUACAAGUAUGCAAAAUCAAGCCAAAUCAAAACCAUGUCCAGCAGCAAAAUAUUUUUUAAAGGCAGCAGAUUUAGAUACAGUGGAAAAGUUGCAAAAGAAGUUGUUGAAGCAAGUUCAAAGAUCCAGAGGGAGCCCCCAGAAGUGCACAGAACCAACAUUACUCAGAGUCGUAGCUCUUAUUCUUUAAGCAAGCAACUCAUAAUAAACAUGGAACCUCUGCAACCUCUCCAUCCAUCCCCAGAUGACCAGGAAGAGGUUCUUUCUGAUGAAGGUAUCCAGCUGCCGAAGGAAGAUGAUAUUUCUACCCCUGUGAUAUCAAGCUCUCCUACUAAAGAAACAGAUGAUGGUUCAGAUCUUUCAAUUGAAGAGAGUGAGAAAAUCAAAGAGGAACCUUUAACAAUUUCAGAACUGAUGUACAAUCCAAGUACCAGCUUGCUCCCCACUCCUGUUAAUGAUGAGGAGAUAGACCUUCUCUUUCAAACUUCUCCAAGGGCAGAAAAUGGGAAAGAAGAUACAGAUUCAUUUGAGGAACUGGAGGUAGAUGAAAAUGCAUUUUUGGUUGCAGAGGAGGAAGAAUUGAAGGAAGCUCGAAAAGCACUUAGGUGGAGCUAUGACUUUUUGAUGGGUAACUUGAAGAUAAAUGCUGUUCUGAAGAGUUUUUCCAGACUUCUUUUUGUUGGGCUUGGGAUAUUGCUUGUGGUUUUCCCUCUACUACUUGUCCUUCUGGAAUCAGACCUUGACAUCUCCUUCCUCCAUGAAAUCCGCCAGACACCAGAGUUUCAGCAGUUUCACAUUGAAUAUUACUGUCCUCUCAGACAGUGGAUAGCCUGCAAAGUAGACUUCAUUAGCCAUUUGUUUGGCAGCUCUUAAACAUUAAAAAUACGUGCAAAACUAAGGGCUAUAUUCAAAACUAGUGAAUUUUAGUCAGUAUUUAGGUGCUCAUAAACAUCCUGCAGGUUAUCCUUGAUUAGUUCUUUAUUUUGAUAGACAAUAACUUCAAAAUCCUUACAUUUACUUUUCAUAAUUGAAUAAUUGAUAUAGAUGUAGUAGUGGCCUUUAAAUAACCAAAAAGUAGUAUUUGUUUUUAUUUGUUUUCCUGUUUUUAUCAGUAAUUCAACUGAACUGAAAGCUAUCAUUUCUAUCAUAUCAAGCCAUGUUGUCCUAAUUUUAAUCAUUAACAACAAAUGGAAGAGGAUGCUUUUGAAUAUAUUCCUUAGUGAAACAAUAUCUAGUAACCAAUGCCUAUAU